AUGACACGUCUCCUCAAAUUCGCCGCGCUGCUACGAUCUGCACUCGCCGACGGGCCGUUGGUGACCACGCCGGGCCCCGAGGUCCCAGAUGACGAGUUUGUGAUUCUUCCGGGCUACUGCCAGCCGAAUUCGAAAAGUAACAGCCUUUGCUCGGCGUCGAACAGCGAUGGCCCUGGGCUGGCUGAAACGUGUGAGGGCACCUACGCCGGGGAGGACGUCCCCAUCGGUGGAGACUGGAGCCGUGAGACAGGCUUUGCCUACUUCCACCCAGAUUCCUGCGAUGAGGCCUGCGCCAAAGCGCGUUGCCUCGCAGAUACGAACUGUGGAGGAUUGACGGUGGCCACCUUUCCCUUCGACUCGCGAAGGACGGCUGCCCUUAAGUCCAGCGUCUCGGGCUCCACCGAGUGGGAAGGCUACGAGUGCUUGCGCAAAGCGACGGGGGUGGCGACAUCAAGCGGUCAGCCGCUUGCCCCGUUCUUGGCCGCCCUGCCGCUCUGA